CGGGCGCCCCGCGGCCGGACCCAGCCAGGGAACCACGCUGCCCGGCCCCGCGGCUGGCACUUCCACCCUGAGCUCCCGGAGACGCAAGAAAGUCACCCUUUGCGGCUCUUCCUAGAUCUGCGUUGGACCUCCUUGUUUUCCUUUUCUUUUUUCUUUUUAUUUUUCCUUUCUUACUUUUGAAUGAACCGGCUUCUAGGCUUUGGAUGGUUCAACUUCUCUCCUGGCUGUGAACUUUUCUCCGAUUGUUUCUUUUGACAACUGCGGGAGAAAGUGUUCCGGGGUUCCAGGCGAGCGGUGAAGUUGCGUGUGCGUGGCAGGGUGCGUGGGAGUGGGAGUGAGCGUGUGUAAUCCGAGCCUACUGGUCUAUGGUGCCUCCUCCCAGGCCCGCUCCACCUGCUGCGGUUACACGGUGCUCGCUCGUGGGUAUUUGUGCGCCCCAGCAGAAAACCAGCCAGCGCCGGGCGACGUUGGAGGAAGAUCAUCUUGCCACUGCCAGAGUCUGGGGCUGACUCACUCAACCAAUGUAGUCAGUGGCUGACUUCCGAAGAGUGCCUGUCUGCCUGUGUGUGUGACCCAACUGCGGCUCAACUCCCACCAAACCACAGGAUCAGCCACAAACUUAACCAGCGUUUCCAAACCAGAGUCCUCAGCUGUGGGAAGCUCUACCCCGAGUGUCAUCGAGUUUGUUUUUUUGUUUUGUUUUGUUUUGUUUGUUUUUUGUUUUUGUUUUUUAGCUAGAGAUCUUUGUAAAGCACUGACCAUUAUUUGGCCAGAAUUUAUUGAGAGAAUAAUGACAAGUGAUUCUAUCCCAGCCUUCCAACUACUGAAGCUAAUUUUCAAAGCUACUUAAAAAAAAAAAACCUGCAGCAAACAUUAAUGGAUUUCUGUUGUGUUUAAAUUCUCUACAGAUUGUAUUGUAAAUAUUUUAUGAAGUAGAUCAUAUGUAUAUAUUUAUAUAUACGAGCACAUACAUAAGUAGCACAAUCUUGUGGCUCUUGCUUUUGAGAAACGAAGUGAGUUUUUCAUGGUAAGAGGGGCGCCCUGUAUGGAAGACACUCCUAAGUUUUGUAUUUUGUUGAGACUUUAAACAAAACUGACCCGCAAGAAAGAAAAACAAACUGACAGGCAAUUAACUGCUGGAACUUCCAAAUCUAGUUUUUGCUGGUCAUUUUUUUUCUGCGCAUAAAUAUUUUAGGACGUGUACGGGAAUUUUGCCUCCGGACCGUUUGUAAUAGCCAAAGACUGAACUUCAACUCUCAAAGCGAGGCUGCUUUGGGCAUUUGACUUUGAAUUCUGGUUGCCCACUUUUUAAUGCACUAAGCGACCGGUUGCUAACCCUGCUUGGGUGUGAGGACGAUCCGCGUAACUAGAUCUCAGUCCGGGACUGGUGGUAAUUUAGUCUCCUUCUACCCCAACAACCCUCCGGUAGUAAUAAAGGCUCCUGAACUUGUAUGUUGGUCUCCCGGAAGCAGCUUGCAGAAGAUCCGAGCCCCUGUCGCCGUCUAGUAGGAGCUGUUUUCAGGGUCCUUACUCAAUUGGCUUGUUGUGAUGCGUAUCCCCGUAGAUGCCAGCACGAGCCGCCGCUUCACGCCGCCUUCCACCGCGCUGAGCCCCGGCAAGAUGAGCGAGGCGCUGCCUCUGGGCGCCCCGGAUGGCGGCGCCGCCCUGGCCAGCAAGCUGAGGAGCGGCGACCGCAGCAUGGUGGAGGUACUAGCCGACCACCCCGGCGAGCUAGUGCGCACCGACAGCCCCAACUUCCUCUGCUCCGUGCUGCCAACUCACUGGCGCUGCAACAAGACCCUGCCCAUCGCUUUCAAGGUGGUAGCGCUGGGGGACGUUCCGGAUGGCACUCUGGUCACCGUCAUGGCAGGCAACGAUGAGAACUACUCGGCAGAGCUGAGAAAUGCUACGGCAGCCAUGAAGAACCAGGUGGCGAGAUUCAACGACCUCAGGUUUGUGGGUCGGAGUGGUAGAGGCAAGAGCUUCACUCUGACCAUUACCGUCUUUACAAACCCACCACAAGUUGCCACCUACCACAGAGCCAUCAAAAUCACAGUGGACGGCCCCAGAGAACCACGAAGACAUCGGCAGAAACUAGAUGAUCAGACCAAGCCCGGGAGUUUGUCCUUUUCCGAGAGGCUCAGUGAACUGGAGCAGCUGCGGCGCACGGCCAUGAGGGUCAGCCCGCACCACCCAGCCCCCACGCCCAACCCUCGGGCCUCCUUGAACCACUCCACUGCCUUUAACCCUCAGCCUCAAAGUCAGAUGCAGGAUGCCAGGCAGAUCCAGCCGUCCCCACCGUGGUCCUAUGAUCAGUCCUACCAGUACCUGGGAUCCAUCACCUCUUCUUCUGUUCACCCAGCGACACCCAUCUCACCAGGCCGUGCCAGCGGCAUGACCAGCCUCUCUGCGGAACUUUCCAGUCGACUCUCAACGGCUCCGGACCUGACAGCCUUCGGCGACCCGCGCCAGUUCCCCACGCUGCCGUCCAUCUCCGACCCGCGCAUGCACUACCCAGGCGCCUUCACCUACUCGCCGCCGGUCACGUCGGGCAUCGGCAUCGGCAUGUCAGCCAUGAGCUCGGCCUCUCGCUACCACACCUACCUGCCGCCGCCCUACCCCGGCUCCUCGCAGGCGCAGGCCGGGCCCUUCCAGACCGGCUCGCCCUCCUACCACCUGUACUACGGCGCCUCGGCCGGCUCCUACCAGUUCUCCAUGGUGGGCGGCGAGCGAUCGCCCCCGCGCAUCCUGCCACCCUGCACCAACGCGUCCACGGGCGCCGCGCUGCUCAACCCCAGCCUCCCCAGCCAGAGCGACGUGGUGGAGACCGAGGGCAGCCAUAGCAACUCGCCCACCAACAUGCCCCCCGCGCGCCUGGAGGAGGCCGUGUGGCGGCCCUACUGAGCGUCAUCGAGGGACUGAGCCCGCCGCCGCCGCCGUCCAUGCACAGACCCCGCCAGGAGGGCCCUUGGAGGCCAACAGGAAGAUUCCCGGAGGGAAACUGUGAAUGCUUCUGAUUUAGCAAUGCUGUGAAUAAAAGAAAGAUUUUAUACCCCUGACUUCACUUUUUAACCACGUUGUUUAUUCCAAAGAGUGUGGAAUGUUUUCGGUUCGGGGUGGGGAAGACGCAGCCCAUCCUCUUUGGCAUCUAUUUUCUUAUUUGGAGUUUCUUUUCUGCACCUUAUCGAUUGCAAAAAAAAAAAAAAAAAAGCCUGUUUGCAUCUGGGUGGUCGUUUAUUUUUAAGUAUGUACAGACUUGAGCUUGCUUUUUAAUCUUCCUUUGACCAACUCAAAGAAAUAAAAUUCCCUUCUCUGUAAGGUUUAUUUAACUUUUAGACUUUCAUGUAGCUGGGGUUUUAUUUGUGUUUGGUUUUUGUUUUUUGUUUCUGUUUUUUUAAAGAGACAGCUACAGCUUUGGGUUUUUUAACUACUGUAUUUCCACAAAGAAAUCCCUAGAUAUUUAUGUAUCUCGAUGUUUGAACAUUUACGUAUGUGUUGAUACUUUUUUUAAUUAUUUAAAUGUACUUAUAUUAAGAAAAAAUAUCAAGUACUACAUUUUUCUUUAUAAUAGCCAAAGUUAAAUAUUAUUGCAUUGAAGAUGGCUGGAAAAAAAAGAGAUGGGUUAUGUGACGCUUGGUUAUCUAGAGAGAUUGUUUACAUUGAACUCCCUUUAUGUUAUUCAAACAAGUUGGUAGCUAAUGCGGCAAUGUUUUUAAUUGGAUUGUAGACACUGAGGGUCACUCCAAGGUCAGAAAUACAACAUUUUCUGCUCGGCUCAACAAAUGGCCUCGAACCUGGCUCCUUCCCUUCACAAAGAAAGGCAACACUCUGCCCUGAAAGGGCUCAGAGAGGUGCCUAGGAUUAUAGCUCUGAAGAGGAUACCAUUUUGGCCUGGAGCUAUGCUUGCCCCAAGGCCUCCUCAUUCACACGUGGUUUAUCACAAAGCUCAACCACGUGAGCUGUUGGUCAGAGGUUUGUCUGCAUAGUAUUUAUAUAGACCUAAACCAGUCAAUAUGAUUCUUUAAUUGCCUUCCAUUAAUAGUACCUGUUCAUUGAUGAAAACCAAAACUCAAGGCUAUACCCCAAAGAUCCCAAUAGAAGAGGUAAGACCAGGUGCCUUUGAUGUCCAAAGGCUGAGUUUUAAGAGAGUGUACCCCAAAGUCUGAAGGAGCCAGUUUCCCUCUAUCUAUCUCAGUGGGAUCAGUCAUGGGAGAUAAAUACCAUACCAACCCAUGCAGGACGUUUGUCAGAAGCUGCUCCCUCACCAGCAUCUUUUUUAACCAGGCUGAGUUCCUAGUCUUUGGGGUUUGUGCACUUUCUCUGUGCAUCAGCGUGAUAGAUUCCUGUCUGCAGUCUGCCGUGGCUACGGUUCAGAUGUGCAUCGUGUCACUGUAAACACAAUGGGACUAUUGCUAUAGUGGAAGACUUGGUCAAAAUCCAGUUGUUCUAUAAAUUAUAAGCCUAACUGCUGGUUCUGACAUACAUGUGCUCAAAAUGAUCUGGUUGGUUUUUUCUUAAUGUACCUCUUAAAUUCGUUGAAAUGAUGUCAGGUCAACUCAGAAGAGCGUUUGAAAGCAGGACUUCAGAACAGUGUUUGAUUUUUUUAUUAUUAUUAUUAUUAUUUUAUAAAUUUAAGCAUUCAGACUAGAUCUUUGGCUGCAGGCAGCAAAAACAGCUGGACUUAUUUAAAAAAAAUACAAGUUGUUUUUUGAGUUAUCUAUAUCUGUAUCUAUAUAUUGAUUCUUUGUUUUGCAUAGAGCAGCAGCACUUUGGUAACCUGUGAUGCCGGCUUGUUCUUGUCCAGAGAAGAGCUCUAGCUGAAUUCGGAGAAACUCAGAUUAGAUUUUCCUAUCGGACAUACCUUCCUCCUCCAUCCCGUCUCACUCAGUUAUUCCACAGAACACGUCUACAGCUGUGUUGUCAGAAAAAUAAAAAUUUUAAUUUCUCAAAAGGACCAUUAGUUUGUUUCUCCAAAAUUAGAUGUUCCUCUUAGCAUAGGUUGCCAUGUCUGGCCUAAGAAAAUGCUAGGGAAAGGUGAAAGACAAAAGAUUUAUAUUUUUUCAUAUUAAUUUUGAUAUCUAAAGAUACUCUAGCCCUAAGAGAGGAAGCAGAUAAUCUUACACAUUGAGCCUUUGCCCUGGGCACCAUGCAUCAAGAAGGCUUGUCACUUUGUCAUAGACAGCCUGGUGAACCAUUUAGUACUUCCUAAAGCUUUAUCAACAUAGGCUGUAUUUAGUCAUCUCAGAAAAAAACAAAUCAAUUGGGCACUCCUUGUCUUGGAGAUAGAUCCCACGAGGCACAUAUUUUUCUACCUGAGAAAUUGUAUUCAUUGCCUUCAGGUGCAUCAAGGUGUCUCCUCAUCCACUGUCUUCAGGGAAGAGCCGUAAGCCAAUUCUGAGAUGAUGGAGCUGUUGGGAAUACUGGUCCAGAGAAAGAAAAAUAGGAUAAGCCAUUUCUACUGCUUAUUCAAGCCUCUAUUUAUGAUUUUAACACAUGCUUCAUUCCGUCUGGUUUUCUCACCGUCUAUAUCCUCCCAAUAUCACUUCUUACUUUCCUUUUCUCUCCUCUAAACUCCACACUCUCCUCCUGCAUAGUUUAUAGGUAGGCAACACACACACACACACACACACACACACACACACACACCCUCUACCCCAUACCAACUGUCCAGAACACAGAAAGUCUAGUUCUUCUCCAUUUAUUAAAGGACAGGGUAAGUCAGCCAUUGUCUUGCUCAUGGGUUUUUUUUCCCCAACAGAACAGAGGUGUUGCCAGCCAUCUUGGGUCUGCUUUCUGUCCAGAUACUGCAACAGAAACCCCGAGGAUCACAAGCCAUGGCUGAGCAGCUAUGCUGCUGCCCAAACGUCCUGUGCAGACAGAUGCAUGCAGGGACCGGAAGGAGUGUCUCCCCUUCCACCUCUUUUCUCUCAAAUGUUUCUCCUGAACAGCCUCAACUGAGGACUGCAGGUUUCUUUCUUGAAAUAACUUUCCCCCCAGGACAUUCUGUCUUAGGGGUUUUUGGUUUUGAUGACUUUUUUUUUUUUUUUUUUUUUUUUUUUUUUUUUUUUUUUGGUUCUUUUCAUUUUGUUUGUAGGAGGAGGCGUGAGAUGUUAAGGGUCUUUCAUACAUGAAAAUAAAUGGUUUAACAACAAUCUCUGAUUAUAUCCUUUCCAUAUCAGAACAAAGCACCGUUUUGUUUACUCUACAGUAUACACUUGUUGGGGGUCUCGGCUGGUCAGUCGGUUAGUUGUCUGUUGGGCAUGCCUUCCCUCUCUCAGCCAGAUCAGUACAAACAAAGCUGAUCAUUUGUCUUUCUUUCUUUCUUUUUUUUCCCUCAGAAGAGUUGUAUCAACAAACUCAAUUGUAUUUAUGUAUGUAAAUAGAUUUCAAGCUUCAUUAUAAAAUAUUGUUAAAGCCUGUAAUAACUUUUUUCACAUUUUGUGUGUUUCUAAGGACUUUUUUUUAUGUUCGCUAAAUAUUGUAGAAGAAAAAUGCUUCUCUCCACUUGUUUAUUUUAGAUUUAAAAAAAAAAAACAAGCUACUUCUUAUUCACUUUUAUAAACAGAUAAUAAACAAGCAUGGUUCCAA